GACAAACUGCUACAGAAUGGCAGCUGUAGCUCAAAAGAAGAUGCCACCAACAAAACCUAAGAAACACAAACUAUCAGAAACUUCAGAUUGUCCAGUCAAGGCCAAAGUCAAUACAAAAACACCUGCUUUGCCUGACACCACAACCACAAGUCCUUAUUUUUCCAAUGAUACAACAAGUUCAUGUAAAGCUAGGCUGUCGUCUAGCUUUUAUGAUCAAAUGUGCCUGGACCUCGCAAAAGGAUUGUUAGGAAAAAUCAUAGUUAGAAAACUUGAUGAUGGCGCGGUGGUUUCUGGGAUGAUCGUGGAAACGGAGGCGUACUGUGGUAAAGACGACAAGGCAUCGCAUUCCUCCGGAAGCAAGAAGACGGAGAGGAACGCCGCAAUGUUCAUGAAGCCAGGGACGGCGUAUGUGUACAUCAUCUAUGGGAUGUACCACUGCUUCAACAUAUCCAGUCAAGGAGAAGGAGCAGCUGUUCUGAUCCGAGCUGUACAGCCGCUGACUGGUGUAGAGCAGAUGAAGGUACAGAGAGGACAGCGAAGGGGAGACAAGGGAGCAGGUCUGAAGAUAGAACAACUGGGCAAUGGUCCUUCUAAACUGUGUCAAGCUCUACACAUAGACAAGAACACAGUGAACCAGAAAGACCUGACAACAUGUCCCUUUAUAUGGCUGGAGCCAGGAGACAAUGUGACAGACUCUGACAUCAUACACUCCACUAGGAUAGGGAUAGACUCAGCUGGGGAGGAGUGGGCCAAAAAGCCCUGGAGAUUCUACAUCAGGGGGAACAAGAGUGUCAGCAUACGGGACAAAAAAGCAGAGAAGGAAACAGAGAACUUGUGACAUAUCAUGACAUUUAAUUAUAUAGAAUACAACAUGGUGUAUUUGGAAUCACCCAAGGUACCAGCCCGACCGCAGGUAGGAUUGCCUGAAAGCCGGAGGGUGAUCCAACCCGCAGGAGGGCUGGGACCGUGGGUGAUGUGGAAUACAAUGUAUGGAAUUUCAUUUAUGUCAUACCUACCUGAGAAAGCACAUGUUUCAAAAUGCGCCAGAAGUUGAAAAAAUUUGGUGCCCUCAAACAAAAAUUGUUACAACAGCAAUUCCAACGUCCGAAUCAGGUAUUUGAAUUUUUGACCGCACCGAACUCGACCUGCACAGAGUACAUUCGAUCUAUUCGAUGUAAGCAUGUGUG